AAUGACACGCUUGAUCGCAAGAUCUUUCCGAUCCGAUCCGAUCUCCCUCACUAGCCACCAACACGAUAAACAAAAGUGAAAGGUUCUCUUUGCAAUUUGCACUCAUGCCCCUCUUCUUUACACUAAUUCAAUACAUCCCUCAAGAUAUUUUAUUUUCCCAAAAAAGAAAAUAUAUUAUUAUUUGAUUUUAUAAAUUAAAAAAGGAAUGGUAAUGGUAAUAUAUAAUAAGCAAAGCAAAGAAGGAAGCUCCCUUGAGAAGGAAGCAGAAAUGUCGAAGGUGACAAAGAACAGAUACUGGGUUUUGAGGCAUGGCAAGAGCAUUCCCAACGAGCGAGGCCUCAUCGUUUCUUCCAUGGAAAACGGGACGCGUGCCGAAUUCCAACUGGCCUCCGACGGCGUCAAUCAGGCACAACUCGCUGCACAAUCAUUCCAAAAGGUGCCACUAACCACCUCCAUCACAUUUCGCUACAUGCAUGCUCUUUCGCUUUCACUACAUACACUGGACUGUGGAGUUUUAUGCCGUUCAAUAAAUGGGGAGCUUCCCUUCAAAUCACUCCAUUUCAAUUUCAAUUUCUUCUCUAUAUGCAUUACGCUAACUCUAUUCUUGAACACCGGACAGGAACUAGAGGCUAAUAAUAUACCGCUUGCUGAUGUACGCAUUUACUACUCUCCAUUCUCAAGAACAAGCCACACAGCCAAAGUUGUUGCAAACGUGGUGAAUCUUCCCUUUGAAGGUCCCCACUGUAAGGUGAUCCGUGAUCUUCGAGAACGCUACUUCGGUCCUUCAUUUGAGCUAAUGUCUCAUGAUAAAUACGAAGAAAUUUGGGAUAUAGAUGAAAAAGAUCCGCUUGUUGGGCCGGAAGGAGGGGAAAGUGUUAAGGAUGUUGCUUCUAGACUUGCAAGAGCAAUGGCCAUUAUGGAAUCAGAAUUUGAAGGAUGUGCAAUUUUGGUCGUCAGCCAUGGGGAUCCCCUGCAAAUAUUGCAAACAAUUCUGCAUGCUGCUAAUCAACACAAGGAACCGGCAACUAAUGAUUUAGCAUCAAUAUUAGAGGCAGUUCAGGUGGCACCUAUCUUGUCCCUGCACCGCAAAUAUGCGCUGCUUACUGGAGAGCUCAGGGAAGUGAUUUGAGAUUUGAGGUCAAUGAAAAGGCGAGGGGUCUUGAACAAAAAAUCAUGUGAGACUCCUUAAUGAUUUCAUUUGAAAGUAUUAGACAGCUCCCCGGUAAUUCUUUAUGAACAGGGAUCUAAAUUUGGUCCCUAUUCCCUUUAAUAUUUUAUUAUCAAAUCCAAAACUUUCUGGAUUUUUUAACAAAUAUUUUGCAAGGAGAUGGUGACCUUUUUUGGGGGGAAAAUUACUGUUUAUCAUAUCUUGUGUACGUAAGGGAUGAUUUAAAUGCCCAACAAGUGACAACUAUAGCAUAUUUGGAUUUGCGGUGGAUAGGCAUACGCACGUCAAUAGAGUAGACACUACACUUAGUUGUGUUGAACUAAAGUACUGUAAAUGCCUAUCCACACAUGCAUUUAAUGAAAAUUAGUUUCAGCGAACAAAAAAUUCACGAGCUACAUUCAUUAAUCAAGGGAAAUUUCCUUGGUUGAACCUAAAAUGUUCCUCUAAACGUUGGUGAGCACAUAAAACCACUGUUAACACUCUUCAUUAAAGAAAAUGAGAGUCAGAAUAUAUCAUGAGAAUGUUGGGUUUGACAAG